AUGAGACUCGCAGAACGUUCCACGACCACCGCGUUGGUAGCGGCUGCUGCUGUAUCUGCAGCUUCAUAUGAUACAUGCUGUGAUCGUCUCGCCUCCGCGCUGGGCGACAUUGUCACCACCACGCCCUUCACCGCGAACGACUGGUUCUCUAUCCAAGAGUCGACCCUCGUGCCGGCCUGCAUUGUUCGACCGCGUUCCGCACAGGAUGUUAGCAAGGCGGUGACAAUCCUCAACUCAUCACGGGCGCCAGGAUGCCAAUUCGCUGUCAAAGGCGGCGGUCACACUCCGGCCGGAGGCUUCGCCAACAUCCAGGGCGGCGUGACCUUUGACAUGGGACAUCUGAACGCGACGGCGCUGAGUGAGAAGGGAACCUCGGUUGCCGUCGGGGCGGGCGCCGUCUGGAACGAUGUGUACGGCUAUCUGGAUGAUUUCAAUCUUGCCGCCGCUGGUGGGAGGAACGGUCUCGUCGGUGUUGGUGGCCUGCUCUUAGGUGGUGGCAUCUCGCACUUCUCGCCGCGAGUUGGAUGGGCGUGUGAUGGUGUUGUUGGAUAUGAGGUCGUCCUCGCAAACGGCACCCUCGCAAACAUCUCCGCGACUAGCCACCCCGACCUGUACCGAGCCCUCAAGGGCGGCGGCAACAACUUUGGCGUCGUGACGCGCUAUGAGCUGAAGACGUUCCCGCAGGGAAACAUGUCGGUCAACACCUUCUCAUACGGCGUGUCCCAGGUCGGCGCCGUGUUCGACGCCUUCAACGACGUCGCCGCCGAUCCAAACUUCGACCCCUAUGUGUCUCUUCAGGCGGGCUUGCUGUACAGUUCGGCGGCGAAGGCGUGGUCGGUGAGCGCCUCGGCUUAUUACACGAAGCCCGUGCUUCAUCCGGAGGUGUACAGCGGCUUCGAGGCUCUGCCGAGCAUUUCCAACACUUCCUCGAUCACGAGCGUAGCUUCGCUGGCUGCGGAGAAUCCCACUCCGCCGCUGAAUUGGCUCUUCGCCACGCUCACGCUCGGGACCUCGAGCGAGACUAUGCUAGACAUCUUCAAGACCCUGAACGGGUCCUUGUACGACUUCAAUCCCGCCGGUGGUGUCACAUGGAACUUUGCUUUCGAGCCCCUUCCAUCUGUGAUGCUUUCAAAAUCUGCCGCCACUGGGGGAAACGUUCUCGGAUUGGACCCCGAGGACGGCAAUGGUAUUGUCCUUCUCUUCUCUGCCCUCUGGCCGAACUCGAGCUCUAGCGACUCUAUUUACCAGAAAGGCCGAGACACAUUUACGGCUAUCGAGAAGGUCGCCGAGCGAAAAGGGGAACUGCGGAAGUUUGAGUAUCUGAACUACGCGGGCCCGCACCAGUCACCGCUAGCUUCUUACGGGGCGGAGAGCCUGAACUUCCUCCGCCAGGUCAGCAAGAAAUAUGACCCGACCGGAGUGUUCCAGCACAAGGUGCCUGGUGGCUUCAAGUUGUGGUAA